AUGAAUCACGAUAUUCAAUCCAGUGUUUUCCCUCCCAACUGGAAAAAGCGCAAUGCUUGGAUCAAAACGUCGAAUGACGACGCCCAGUUGGUCCGGAUCAGCUACAUCGACUGCGAACCGCCAUCCACUUCGCUGCCGAAGGGAGUCAUACUCCUAAUUCACGGAUUCCCCCAAACCUCUUACCAAUUCCGGCAUGUAAUACAGCCACUCGCUGAUAAAGGUUUCCGUGUAAUAGCCCCGGACUACCGCGGGGCUGGACAAUCAUCGCAUCCAUCUCACGAUUUCAGAAAGUCAACGAUGGCUCGAGAUCUAUUCAUUCUCGUUAACGACCAUCUUGGAAUUGCGUCAGAGAUUCAUGUGGUCGGCCAUGACAUUGGUGGCAUGAUUGCACAUGCAUAUGUUUCGCUGUAUCCGCAACAUGUGGCGAGUGUUAUCUGGGGCGAAUGCCCGCUUCCCGGAACUUCCAGCUACGAAGCAAACAAAAAAAUGCCGGAGCAGUUCCAUUUCAUGUUCCAUUGCGCACCUGACGACCUGGCACCAUCACUUGUCGCUGGGAGGGAGAAAAUGUACCUGAAUCAUUUUUUCUCUAAACAGACUUUUAACGCUAACGCCAUAUCACUUACUGACCUCGAGUAUUACACGUUGCAAUAUUCGCAACCGGGAGCUCUUCGGUGUGGCUUUGAAGUAUAUCGAGCGUUUGAAGAGGAUGCCAAAGAAAACCUCGAGUCACUGCGUCUGAAAGGCAAGUGUAUGCGGCCCGCGCUUAUUCUAAGUGGUGCGGAAAGUCGACAUGCUUCCGAGGCUAAGGAUAUGGUGAAUGAGGUUUAUGGUGGUGAUGUGCAGGUUGCGACGGUGGAAAAUUCUGCCCAUUACAUUGCGGAAGAGAAUCCCGAGGGCUUUGUGCAGGUAGUCUCGGCAUUCGUGUCUAAGUACCUGAAAAAGGUAUGA